CAGCAGCAGGGAGAGAGAGAGAGAGAGAGAGAGAGAGAGAGAGAGAGAGUGUGUGUGAGCGUGUGAGUGCGUGUGGGGGACAGACCUUCUCUCCAAUCUACCACCACGAACGGCUGUCUCCUCCACCUCCCCGCCCUCCUCCUCUUCCACCUCAGCAUUUCCUCCUCCUGUUUCUCGUCUCCUCCACCCUCUCGUCCCCUGCUCAAGUGCACGUUGGGUUGCGUCGCGUCGCGUUGGGCUCAGUUUGGUGCACACGAAGCCAAAAGGAAAGGACGACGGCGUGCGUGAGGGACUGGCUGUAUAUGUGCGUGUGCGUGCGUGUGCGUGGCUCCAACACCGCUUCUGCACCGCCUCUCACUCAGGCAGACGACUUUGCUCCUCCUCCUCCUCCUCCUCUUCCUCCUGUAGUUCCUCCCCGCCACCGCUGCGGAGGAGUCGUGCCUGGCGGACUCUCUCGCUUGGGAGGCUCCUGAUAAAGUCCCAGCCAGGACUGGUGAGCGGCGCCGCGGCAACACCAUGUCGUAGUGAGGGCACCAGCCGCAGUGCAGUGUUACUCUGAUCAGGCACCACACAGCCUCUCGGUGCCACUAAGUGUGGUGGUGGUGUGCGGCGGUGGUGGAGAGGCGGGUGGCGGCGGCCGUGCGCUGGUGGGGCCCAAGCGUCGUUCCUGCGGCGGUGUGGAGGUGUGGCGGCGGCGGUGGCGGUGGUGGACGGGGCGGGCGUGUGGUGGAGGCAGGGCGGGUGUAGCAAGGUGGAGGUGGUCUGGAGAAGCCUCCUCCCCACGUGGUCUGCGGCGAGGCGACUCAGGAUGAAGGUGACUCGAGACACGUCCUCCAGGUACGGUGGUAAACGGUGUGGGAGUGGAGGUGGAGGGGGCCCAGCAGCAGCAGCAGCAGCGGCAGCAGCGGCAGCAGCAGGAGGAGCUACCCUAGCAGUGAGGAGGUCCCCUCGGUACGCCACCCAGCAGUCCUCAGCCUCAGCUGCCGCAGUAGGCCGGCCCCGCAGGCACCACAGCAGGCCGCUGCACACCCACCACCACAACACUAAGCCAAAGGGUGGGAAGGGGGCCAGUGUGGGCAUCACCACCCAGGGCAGCACCACCACCAACAACGCCAGUCCCAAGGCAGACCAGAGUGGUGCCCCGGCCCUAGACACCAACCAGCAGCAGCAGCACGACACUGCUGCAGCAGCCAACAACCUUGCCACCAACAACGCUACCACCACUGGUCGUAGCCACGCCCACCUCCCCCACGACCACCACCAUCACCACCACAACAACCACGACAUACCUCCACCCUACUCCACCCGGUCCUCUGCUGCUGCUGCAGCUGCUGCUGCAGCUGUUGCCCACCACCACAAUCACCACCAUAACCACCACCACCACCACCACCACCACCACCCCAACCAGCGUCACAGCUCCCGAGGACCCCGACGUAACCGGAUGAGUAUGGGGCAAAAAGUUACAGGAGGGAUGAAGUCGGUGGGUCGGGGUGAGGGUGGUUCCUUACAACCCCGUCUCACCCGGGAGCUGGCUAUGUCCCCAGACUACACACGGCCCAAGCGGUUAGACCUUCUGCUGGACAUGCCCCCCGUGCCCCGUGAAGCCUCCCUCAAGCACGCCUGGAAUGCAGAAGACCGCUCUUUAAAUAUCUUUGUGAAGGAGGACGACAAGAUGACCUUCCACCGGCACCCAGUGGCCCAGAGCACCGACUGCAUCCGAGGGCGGGUGGGCUACACGCGGGGCCUCCACGUCUGGGAGAUCCACUGGUCCACCCGGCAACGUGGGACACAUGCAGUGGUGGGCGUGGCCACUGAUGAGGCACCCCUCCACUCUCAGGGUUAUCAGAGUCUGGUGGGUAGCAACGAUCAGUCAUGGGGCUGGGACUUAGGACGCAAUAAGUUAUAUCAUAAUGCAAAGCAAGGAAACUCUGGCAUUACAUAUCCUUCACUAUUAAACAAUGAUGAAACCUUUGUUGUGCCAGACAAAUUUUUUGUUGUCCUUGAUAUGGAUGAAGGGACUUUGGCAUUUGUGGUGGAAGGCCAGUAUUUGGGGGUGGCGUUCCGAGGGCUCAAGGGCAAGAAGCUGUACCCAAUUGUGUCGGCUGUUUGGGGUCACUGUGAAAUCACCAUCAGAUAUAUUGGAGGGCUGGACCCCGAACCGUUGCCACUAAUGGACCUGUGCCGGCGUGUGAUACGACAGGCAGUCGGGAAGCCUCGCCUCUCCAGGAUUGAGGAGCUGAACUUGCCUCCCUCAAUCACGCAGUACCUCCUGUACCAUGACCGCAGGUGAUAGUGUGAGGUGGGCAGCAGUCCUCACAUCCCUCCUGCAGCAGCGACUCUCCGCCCCGGCCCGUGGCCCCCGGCCCCAAGCCCCCAGCCCCCAGCCCAUGGCACUCCUGCCUUAGCCCAGGUCCCAGGGGUCAUACUGCAGUGUGCUGGGGCAGAUGAACUCCACCUCCACAGUAUCAGUUGUUUGAUAAUCAAAACAUUCUCUCUAUGGAGGUGUUUUUACUGAUGGAAUUAUGUGUGCCAUAUGGCAUGUUUAGUUUAUGAGCAUAAUUUUAUGCACUUGAUCGUUUCAUUACAGAAUAUUAGAUUUUGAAACAAUGUAGGCAGUUUCAUUUAGAUGGCCAUAACCAGAGGCCAGUGCAACAUCUGCUGGUAGCAGCAGUCAAGUGCAUACAUGAGACUCUUAGAUAUACAUUUGUGUAUGUGUGUUAGUGUGGCCACCAGCCAUUGUGAUAGACCAGACAGACCAGCGUGCCACCCUACUCCUCAGGAAUGGCCGGAAAUGGAGGCACUGAACAGGGCAGCAUGCGUGUCUUGCACAAACAUUGCACCAAGUUCCAGGACAAUCAGCAGUGAGAAAAGUGGUGGUAAUGCAAAAAAUGUACUUGAACAAUGUAUCUCCUUUUGGACUAAGUGUGGUGAGGAAGGCAAAAUGUGAUUUGUGAAUGAGAUCAAUGUGGUGGGUGGCAUGUAUUGAUAAAAGAAGCACUGCAGCAGCUGGCCUCCUAUCCCUCAUCCCAGUGUGGCAGGCUGAAGGGUGAAUCAUAAUGUCUUGCCCCUAGUCCUUACUCUAUUAAAUUUUGGGCUAUGCCAUGGAUGCUUCACUGUUUUAUGUAUUUUUUACUGUUAUUUAAGGUGGAAUAAAAUUGAAACCAGAAUACCUUGUCCAAUACCAGAUGAUGAGGCACUCCCAUCACUUGGGGCCAAGUGGUUACGACCACAACCCAGGACAGACUUCCUUAAUUGCCAGUUAUUUAAUUCAGUUCCAUCAUUGUACUGUAUGCUUAAGUAUUUUUAAAGUGCCAUUUGCAGUAAGACUUUGGUAGGACUGGCAAGGGCUCAACUCACCAGCAUGUCAUGGCAUCAAGAUCUACUGUUCUAGUGUGUUCUUAUACUCCAACAUCUCACCUAGUACGCAGCAUCUUUGUACAAAAAUAUUAAAUAUUAAUACAA